CCUAGCUAGCAAGCAAGCGGCAAAGAGAAGAGGUGAAACAGUCCUCCACCUCAGCACCCUGACCACUGAAGCAUGCCUUCUCCCUCUUGGGAGCCGGUCCUUCACUCCCGUACGUACACUGGAAAACUCAAGAUUUCAGACUCUGCCUCCAUUUCCUCAUCUGUAAAAGGAGGGGAUUCUCUCUCUCUUUUUUUUUUUUAAGAGGAGAGAUCGGAUCUAUGAUCUCACCGCCACCAAGUCCCUCUGCCGGACCGCAGCUUUAAAAAGGGGAGAGGGAGGUAUUUCAUCAAAAGAAAGUUCUUCCGCUAGCCCCCGCCGCCAUCCCUGACCCCCGCCCCAGCCCCAAUCCAAAUCCAAUCCAAUCCUGCGCGAUCUCAGGGCUCUAGGUUCACUUAAGGCCCAGGCGGUGCAGCUGCAGCCCUGUAACUUUAAACCUGCUCUGAGAUCAUAGUUUUCCACCCCGGCCAAAGAGAGAAGAGAGGGCGGUCCUAGUGUUCUUCCCUCCCAGAGACCACCUUAAGCACCGCGGCUCAUUCCCUCCCUCCCCCGAGAGAGCCUGUGACUUGCUGACUCCGCUUGGAACUUUUCUUCAGCAACUUUGGUCCCCAGGAGGAGCUGCCUCCACUCUCUCUUUUGCUGUCGGUGGAAGUUAGAGACCCACCCAGCGGGGAAAUCUUCGGAGGCUGGACACUGUGGGCCCCACCCCCGCCCCCUCCACUCUCCCCUUCCCUCCUCUCAGCUACUAAUCCGAGCUGGAGACGGGACCAGUUCUUAGUUCCCCUGGAAGAAAGCAUCCCCCCGCCUCCGUGGUCCCGGCACGAGAAGAUGUGGCAAUUUCGGGUCCUGCUCCUGGUCUUAGGCAGCUCGCCCCUCUGGGUGAUCGCAGAAGACACCACAACCUUACUGGAAGAUAGAGCGACCACAGUCGACUCCAGUGAUGUGACUAUUGCUGACUCUGCUGAUGAUGGACCAACUACGCUAUCCACAACAACCCACAAGACCACAGAACACUAUGAUAAACCACCUACCCCAGUGUCCACAGUCCACAGCACAGAGAACUCCACGGACUCCAGGGUUAUAACGGACCAUCCUAGUGGAGGCUUGGAGACUAUAGCAUUGGUGGGAAUCAUUUUGGGAAUCGUGAUCACCAUUGGCAUCAUUGCUGGAAUCGUCAUUGCAGUUGUGAGGAAAAUGUCGGGCAGGUACUCGCCAUAGAUGACUGGAGAACUGUGUCCUUCUGCCAACUAUUUUAUUUUUUAAAGAGAGCUCCUAUUUUCACUUCCUGUGCCCAUGUGAGAAGAUGAUCUAUGGAAGAGCUGCUCCUCCAGUUCUAAAUCCAUGGUGAUCCUGCAACUCUCCCAAGGGAUUCCAAGCUGAAAAUGAGAAGGCUCCUUCAGCCUGUGACUCCAAACCCAUGUUAUUUUGAAAUCAAUUUUUUUUAUUUUUAUAUAUACACAUUUUAAAAGUAGGUGACAUGAUUAAUUGACAAGAAUAGCCAAUGGUGGGUAGGAAACAAGGAAACAAAGACCAAUGAGCCCAUGUACACCCAAAAUGGUGACAUAAGAAGUCCAAAGGCCUUCAUGUGCUCAAAGACCAUUGAAAGCAAAAAGGAAUAUGGAAAUAUUGACAUUCACCAGAUUUGGGUUGUAUGGCCAUUAAAUGGAUCAAAGGGUUAUAAUUCUAGAACUGUAAUUCUUGAUCCGUAUAGGUCCAGUGUAGCAGAGUGGACAUUCAUUCCCUACCUCUGAGACUUAGCUAUGUAGACCAGGGGCAAACCUCUUCUCCUUUGUUAACCUUAGUUCCUUAUUAAAAUGGGAGAAUAUAGUCAUAGACUUAGAAAGGAAGAGGCAUAGAAGUCACCUAGUCCAAUUCAUUUUGUAGAUGAAGGAAACUGAGGUCAAGUGAAUUCCCCAAGCUAAUAUAGAUAAGUUAUAGUCUAAGGUUGUUGUGAGGAUUCAAUGAGAGAAUGUAUGUAAAGUGCUUUGUAAGCCUUAGAAAUGUCAGCAAUCAUCCUUAGAGGUUCCCUAGCCAAAUCCUACAUUUUAUAGUGGGAACUGAGGCCAUACGAGAUCAAGAGACUUACUCAAGGUCACACAGGCAAUAAGUAUCAGAGCUGGGAUUUGAACUCAGGUCUUCUGAUUCCAAAUUCAGGACUCUUUCCACUGUGCCAUGCUGUUUCCCAUCAGAUGGUUUUAAACUCUGAUAUGGAGCAGUUAGGUAGUACAGUGGACAGAACACUAGGCCUGGAGAUGGGAGGACCUGGUUUCGAAUCUGGUCUCAGAUAUUUUCUAGCUCUGUGACCCUGAGCAAAUCACUUAAUCCUCAUUAUCCAUCCCUUGCUGCCCUUCUGCCUUAGAAUUGAUACCAAAGCAGAAGGUAAGGAUUUUUUUAAGAUCCCUGAUGGGCUGAGGUGCAUAAUACCUUUUGCUCAUUAUUCUUUAGAAUUUGGAAAGAGCCGUGAUCAAAAAGUGUAUCAAGCCUUUGCCAUGUAGUGAACAGCUGUUUCUAGUCGGUUGAGACAAAGUACUUCAAAGUCUCUCUCAUGGAGUCAACCAUUUGAGUUAGUAAACAGGAAAUCCAUGAUUCUGGGAAGAUAGUCCUUCUUUCCCCAGCACCUCCCGAGUUGCUUAAGAAGCUUCUCCAGAAAGGACUUGCUGACUCACUAUUUUGAAUUGACAGCCUCCCACCUCAGGCAGCUUUGAAGUGAAUGGACCCUGGGGGGGAGGGGUCCUCUAGUAAAAGGAAGAUCAGUUUCUGAUUGGCUGCCAAUACCACAUUACUAUAACCCCUCUGAACCUUAGCAUGUGGCCCCACUGGGCUAGAUCAUACAUUGCAGCCACAAAGUUGCCAGUGGCCAACGUGACCUAGACUUAAAGGCAUUUUGCUACAUGUGUCUAAUACAUGAAGGACUCUUGUAGUGGGAUACACUUUAAGCAGCAGAACAUGCUACAUUUGCCUCCUUGACCUUUGUCUCAUUGGCAAGAGGUAUGAAAUGGAAAAUGAGUGUAGCUAGAAUUGAAUUUUUAAUAGCAGUAAUGUUUUAAAGCACACACAACUCAAAGAAAAAAAACUUUCCCAGAUCUUCAUUUAUUUAUCUCACAAAUUGAGAAAUGAGUGAAAUGGCCUCAUCAUCCUGAUAUUAUCAGAUACAGCCUGCUCUUUUCUGCUCUUUUCAAAGUUAUUUGAAAAAAAAAAAGACAACUCAUUCAUUGACACUCAUUCUGGAAUGACUGACUGGGUAUAGUCUCACACCUUAGCGCUUUCAAACUGUUCAAUAAAUUGGUGUAUGAUGGGAAGCCAUUGACUGAGAAAAAUCACUUGAUCCUCUCCCCGAUUUCUUGUCUUGUACCCAUAUAUGAACGUUAUUUUAAAUAAUCUGUGUUAGGGUGAACUCAUCCAUCUGGACCACCAACAGCAUUUCACACAAUAAAUACACAAGACAUGGAAGCAGGUGUUCCAAUAAAGUGUGAUGGAAGGAACUUACAAACACCAUAUCCUUCAAGUUAUCUCCCCUUUUCCCAUUUUUCAAAUUUCUUGCUGGAGAUUUGGAACAAUCCCCUUAAAAUUUUUUUUCCAUUACUGCGCCUCCUUUCUCCUCUUCCUCACUACAUGAAAAAAAAAAUAAGAGUCCCUCCCAAGUUAUACACUGGACCCAGUGCCUGCUGGGACAGGACAGUGGGUUUCUUAACACUGUUUAAUGCAGUGUAGACAUUUUCAAAUAAAGCAGAUAGUUAUGUAUAA